CCGACGCGGACGCGAGGCGUCCGGCUGAGGAAGGGGCGGUGGUUGGGCGUGGUGGCUCCUUGGCUGAGGCCCGGACGCCGUGGGGGUUGCUCAGGCGCUGACCAGCCGGCCGUCUAGGGCCCAGAGCGCCGGCGCGGGACCGGCCGGUCCCCGCGCCCUGAGGGGCGGGCCGGACAGCGCGCCUCCGGCCCCGCUGUGACUGAGGCGCGGCGCUCGGGGCCGGAGGGCGCGCAUCCCACCCACCCCCGCCCCGGUGACCGCCCGGACCCGCUCCUAGCACCGGGCUUCGAGGGGCGGGACCCGCCGCACCCUGCGCUCGGGAAUCCGCUCCCGGCGCGGACUCCUGUUUACGGGGUGCGGGGCCACGGGUGGGCGUGAGGCCUCAGGGAGGGCCAGAGCUUGGGGAGGUGUAGGCCUGGGGAGGGUCACUCCACACGGGCGAAGUGAAAUCGUCCGGGGUGAGUGCUCUGGGAGGAAAGAAACUGGCGUUGAGCUUUGACAGAAAUGGAUGAAAAGAGGCUGCUGGAUCCAGGGUUGAAGGUUCGUAAAGGCCUCUGGGAUUACCCUCUGAAGAACCAGCAGAUGGAAUGCCAGAGUGACUGAAGAAAAUGGGUGCUAAUGCAUCUAACUAUCCUCAUUCAUGUUCCCCAAGGGUAGGGGGAAAUUCACAGGCCCAGCAGACUUUCAUAGGAACAUCUUCCUAUUCUCAGCAAGGCUAUGGUUGUGAGUCAAAGUUGUAUAGCCUUGACCACGGCCAUGAAAAACCACAAGACAAAAAAAAGAGAACCUCUGGCCUUGCUACUCUCAAAAAGAAGUUCAUUAAACGUCGAAAAUCUAAUAGAUCGGCUGAUCAUGCGAAGCAGAUGCGAGAACUCCUGUCUGGGUGGGAUGUUAGAGAUGUCAAUGCACUAGUGGAAGAAUAUGAGGGGACUUCAGCCUUAAAGGAGCUUUCUCUGCAAGCCAGUUUGGCUAGACCAGAAGCUCGGACACUGCAGAAGGACAUGGCUGACCUUUAUGAGUAUAAGUACUGUACUGAUGUGGACUUAAUAUUUCAAGAAACUUGUUUCCCUGUUCAUCGUGCCAUUUUGGCAGCCAGGUGUCCAUUUUUCAAAACACUGCUAUCUUCCUCACCUGAGUAUGGGGCAGAGAUAAUAAUGGAUAUCAGUACAGCUGGUAUUGAUAUGCCCAUGUUUUCUGCCUUGUUACACUACCUUUAUACAGGAGAAUUUGGAAUGGAGGACUCAAGAUUUCAGAAUGUCGAUAUCCUUGUUCAGCUUAGUGAAGAAUUUGGAACACCAAAUUCCCUUGAUGUAGAUAUGCGUGGACUCUUUGAUUACAUGUGUUAUUAUGAUGUUGUCCUUAGUUUUUCUUCAGAUUCUGAACUAGUUGAAGCUUUUGGUGGAAAUCAGAACUGUUUAGAUGAAGAGCUCAAAGCCCACAAGGCUAUUAUUUCUGCACGGUCCCCAUUUUUCCGAAAUUUAUUACAAAGGAGAAUACGGACUGGUGAAGAAAUCACAGACCGAACUUUGAGAACUCCUACAAGAAUUAUAUUAGAUGAGUCCAUUAUACCAAAAAAAUAUGCAAAAGUGAUAUUACACUGUAUGUAUACCGAUGUGGUGGACCUCUCUGUUUUGCACUGCAGCCCCUCUGUGGGGAGUCUCAGUGAAGUUCAAGCUCUCGUCGCAGGGAAGCCAAACAUGACCAGGGCAGAAGAAGCCAUGGAGCUUUACCACAUAGCCCUGUUCUUGGAAUUUAACAUGCUUGCACAAGGCUGUGAGGAUAUCAUUGCUGAGAGCAUCUCCUUAGAGACCUUAAUUGCUAUCCUCAAGUGGAGCUCACAUCCGUAUGGUUCUAAGUGGGUGCACCGACAAGCUUUGCAUUUCCUUUGUGAGGAAUUAUCCCAGGUCAUGACUUCAGAUGUUUUUUAUGAACUCAGCAAAGACCAUCUGCUUACUGCUAUCCAGUCUGACUACCUACAGGCAAGCGAACAAGAUAUCCUUAAAUAUCUGAUUAAAUGGGGUGAGCAUCAGUUGAUGAAGAGAAUAGCAGACAGAGAGCCAAACCUCCUGAGCGGCACUGCACAUAGUGUGAACAAAAGAGGUGUGAAGAGAAGAGACCUGGACAUGGAAGAACUCAGAGAGAUCCUUUCUUCUCUCCUGCCUUUUGUGCGAAUUGAACACAUCUUACCUAUGAACAGUGAGGUCUUAAGCGAUGCAAUGAAAAGAGGCUUGAUCAGUACACCCCCAUCAGAUAUGCUUCCUACAACAGAAGGGGGGAAAUCAAAUGCCUGGCUUCGGCAAAAAAAUGCUGGCAUAUAUGUUCGUCCUCGGCUGUUUUCUCCGUAUGUGGAAGAAGCGAAGUCGGUGCUGGAUGAGAUGAUGGUGGAGCAAACAGACCUGGUGCGACUCCGAAUGGUGCGAAUGUCCAACGUUCCAGACACACUUUACAUGGUCAGCAAUGCCAUGCCCCAGUGCUGCCACAUGAUCAGCCACCAGCAGAUCAGCAGUAACCAGUCAAGCCCUCCAUCAGUUGUAGCCAAUGAAAUCCCAGUUCCUCGUCUCCUCAUUAUGAAGGACAUGGUGAGGCGCCUGCAGGAACUGCGGCACACAGAGCAGGUGCAGAGAGCCUAUGCACUGAACUGUGGGGAAGGCGCCACCGUCAGCUAUGAGAUCCAGAUCCGAGUGCUCAGAGAGUUUGGUCUUGCAGAUGCUGCUGCAGAGCUCCUGCAGAAUCCUCACAAGUUCUUUCCUGAUGAACGAUUUGGGGAUGAAAGUCCGCUCUUGACAAUGAGGCAGCCUGGGAGAUGUCGUGUCAACAGCACCCCUACUGCAGAAACCAUGUUUACAGACCUAGACUCUUUCGUGGCCUUCCAUCCACCUCUUCCCCCUCCUCCCCCUCCAUACCACCCUCCAGCUACUCCAAUCCAUAACCAGCUCAAAGCAGGCUGGAAACAAAGGCCUCCCAGUCAUCACCCUUCCCGUUCAUUUUCUUACCCCUGUAAUCAUUCACUGUUUCACUCCAGAACAGCUCCUAAACCUGGCCCUCCCCCAGUCUAUUUGCCAGGUGUUAAAGUAGCGCCUCCCGACUGUACCAACACCACAGCUCUGGGGAGACAGACGGUUGCUGCUGCUGCUGCCGCUGCUGCUGCCUCAGCAGCAGUAAUAUCUGAGAAGCAAGUGUGUCCACAGCCUGUGCUGAAUGAUCUGAUGCCAGAUAUCGCCAUGGGGGUGUCUACAUUGUCACUCAAGGACAGGAGGCUCCCAGAGCUUGCUGCAGACACAGAAUUAUGCCAGACAGUUUCCGAAGCAGGACCAGGGCCUCCCCAGCAUCUCUCAUGUAUUCCACAGAGACAUACACACACGUCUCGGAAAAAACACACACUAGAGCAGAAACCAGACGGUAGAGAAAGUCAGCAGGAAUACCCAGAUCUCUAUGACUUCCCAAAUGCUGCCUGCAGGCCUUCCACUCCUGCUCCUGGCAGACGCACUCCUUCCCCUUCUCGUGGUAGAUAUUUUGGUCCGGACUUGUACAGCCACAAUAAGGCAUCACCAAAUGGCUUAAAGUCAGCUUACCUACCUGGUCAGACCUCUCCUAAAAAGCAGGAAGACACUAGGAGAGAAUAUCCACUUUCUCCUGAUGGGCAUCCACAUAAGCAGAAGAACGAGCCAAUACGCCUGGAUGUUGUUGAGCAGCCUCCACAGAGGCCAGACUUCCCUUCAGCAGCCUCAGAAAAUGCUAGUAAUGGUCCAGCCCAUGUCAGGGCACGAACUGCAGUAGAAACUGACUUGACUUUUGGGCUGACACCUAACAGACCUCCUUCCCAUUCUGCAUGUAGCUCUGAAGUUCUCGAAGAGCGAUCUAGUAGAAGACUGACAGACAGUGAGUCCCUGGGCCAUGGAGCUCAGAGAAAUGCAGAUCUGGAAAGGGACGAUUCCAUUAGCAGAGGGAGGAGGUCGCCAAGUAAACCAGACUUCCUCUACAAAAAGUCUGCCCUCUGAAGUAGCUUCCAAGUCUGUGCCUGAGAUGUGAAACAUCCCGUCUUAUGAUGUAACCCAACAACUUACUGACCGGUUUGUCGAUGCCAGCUCAGUUUCACAUGUUAUCGUAGCUUCUGUGUGUAUGUGUUUAUUAGACAUGGCAUGCUAAGGGGAUUGUUUUGAACGCUGCAUCUGUCUUUCGUGUUUAACAGUUGUGUGGGGAGCAUCUUCAAGAGCAAGCAAGCUGGCACUUUCUCUUUACAGAUGACUUUUUGCACUUGUACAUUUUAUUUGUAUUGAUUUUAUAACAGUGUGUUAAACUUUAUUGCUACAUUUAAAGGACUGUAUUUUCAUACUUUUUGCAUUUUACCUAUCAUCUACCAGUUUCCAUGUGCAUUGGGUUGCACACUAAGAUGUAUUUUCUUACAAAAUAGUUGUGUUUAUUUUUUAAUUAUAGAAAUUCCAAAGAACAGCACAUCAAUCGCUCCUCUCUUUUUUGGUGAUUGUUUCCGUUGAGAAAUCUUCCUGCUCAGUCUCCAUAAAUCCAAUGUCAUUCUUUUUUAUAAGUCUUGAAAGCCAGUCUUCAUUCCCCACAGCAGAAGUCCAGGUCUUGAUGCUUUUUUGAUUCAGUAAAGAACAAGGAGGAAAGCCCUGAUAUCCAGCCUGUGGCUGCUAUUUAAUUACAGUGCGGUUUUGUCGGGAACCCUGUAGAUUCUGGAGUAGAGCUACUCACUCAAAUGGCAUAAGGAAAGUAGGCUUUAGUAUUAAAAAACAGUAGUGCUGGGCUCAGUGGAAAUGUGUACACUGGCAGUCCCAGCCCAUGGGAGUGGAGACAGCCGGUCAGAAGUUCAAGGUUGUUUCAGGCUACGUAGUAAGUUCAAGAUUAGACUGGAUGUCUGAGCUCUGCCUCCAAAAACAGUAGCAGAGGUGGUGACAUCACACACAGGGCACACUGCACUGAUGGGGUGCCUGGCUCUGCAUAUGACUCACUAUACUGGGGGAAAUGACUGCCUGUGGUUGUCUUGCAUUUUGUGGGGGGGGAAAGGGCUUCAGUUUUCUGUACGUCAUUUGGUAUUUGUAAUCAUACGUUUUUCUUAAUAUUGUCAGUAUAUCUGGAUUUUGGUGUCUUCUAUAAAGGUGAAUAAUGCAUAGUGCUUUACCACCAGAAAAACUGAUUUUGUUUUCAGUAAAACACUACAUGUCCUACUUGAACUCCACUGGAGAUGCUGGUUUGGUAUUCACUGAAUCACUGAGCAUGUGGGUUCGUUCAAGGGCAACGUGUGAGCUAAGGACUGUUUUUAUUUGUCUUUUGUUUUUUCUUACUUUCCUAUGUAAAUAUAUUAGUAUUUAAGUUUUUUAAUCACUUCAGCACCAUUUGAACAUUCAUUUUUGUAUUUUUAUAAACACAUACAGCCGUAGCACCUAGAAGAAAGGAGACUUCCUGAACAUUCUGUAUGGAAGAGAUAUUUGGGAACCUCUCCUCUGUGUGUAUACAUUUAACUAGGAAUCACUUACACUCACUCUAAAACUAUGCAGGGCUAGGGAGCCUUCACAAGCUAUCGGAGAAGUGAAUUGCACACACUUUGAAAUAAAUAGAUUUCUAUUGGGUAUCAGCAACUCUGGUUUCUCCUGAAACUAUAGUUUCUCUUAUGAUCUUUUCCUUCUUUACCCUGUGGAUAUACACUCAGGAAUGAUCUGACAUUUAAACCAUCCUAACAGUAGAUAAUCGCAUAGACGGGAACAUGCCCAUCUCUGCCAGCCCCUGUAAUCGCUGCCACUGGUUCUGUUGUCUGGCUGAUUACUCAUGAGUCUGGGUACUGGACGACCCUGGCAAUGUGUAUCCUGAGCUCAGAGGCUUGGACAAGGCAGGCAGAUUUCUGUUGUAAGGUGGCUCUUUUUUGUUUCUUAAGGUAGAAACCCACAGGGCUCUGCUCAUCUUUACAAGUGGAGUCUUCUGAAGCACACAGUCUCGGGCUGCAGAAGCAAAGCAAUUCCAUUCUGGUCCUACCUGUUUCUGGGACCUCAUUAUUUGAUGUGGAUUGAGAUUGUUCCAGAUCAGACUGUACUGUGCAGGUGCUGCAGAGAGGCAAGUCCAUCAAAGCUUCCUCACCUUUGACAGGCUUUGUUUUUUAACAUUUUAGGACCAUUGAUCUCACACUUUUUAUUUUUUCUGAAAAUUCAUUAAAUGUGCUCUCUAAUCCAUAUGGUGUAAUUAUACAAGUAAACGACACUGUUUGUAGUCUUAUUUAAUUUGUAAGGUUUGUUUUUAGCGACUUAGCAGGUUACCUGGCCAAACUGUGUAUAGAGGGAAAUCUUGCUUUGGUCUGUGGGUGUGGACUGGUGUGACUUACAGAAGAUAAGCAGAUGUGGGGCUGUGUGCGAUAGGAUAGGUGUUCAUGGGCAGCUAAGCGCGUGCCUCUGGCUGUGACCUAUGAAGUUUCUUAAUGCUGUACUUACAAAUGUGAAGUGUGAGUAGGGUUGGUCUCGGAAAAGAUGGUAUUUAUGUAUAAUAUAAACCUUAAGCCACAGGAACUGGCAUUUUUCUUAGUGUAAAAAUUUAAUAAGAACCAAAUCACAAAAAUCCCAGAUCUCCUUUUGAGGCCGGGGACAAUCAGGCCGUUCGGACAAUCACCAUUCCAGUCCCACCGAGUGCUGAGGCUGGAGAACCACCUCUUAGGUUCUCAAGAUGCUGUUGAUCCUGUUCUUGUAUUUUUGUUUUAGUUUUGUAAUCUUGAAAAAUAACUUAAAGUUGCCAGUGGCUCAUAAGGAGAAAUCAAUUAAAACCAUUCAAAACAUAGAUCCUUAAAUUUCCAUGUACUGUCCCCCUUUUACAUUCCUCCAUUGACUCGGUUCUUUAGUGUAGUCCCUAGGCCAGCGCUAGCCUAGCAUUUCAGUAGCCUGUUGGGCUUUUAGGGCUUAUAGUGUUAAAUUUAUGUCGUCUGUACCUCUUCUAUAACUCAACCUAAUUUUUGACUUUGCUUCCUCACUGGCUGUUGUAUUUGGUUUCAGGUUUUGUGUUAACAUUUGCCAUCCAUUGUUGUGUUUUCUUUCAUUGUUUGUUGACAGUGAUAGCAAUGGGUAUAACUCUCGUACAUUUAAAUGAAGCUGAUGCUACAGAAUGUAAUGCGAGCCAGUGAACGCCACUUGGCGCCAACCGGUGGAAGCUGGCCUCAGGCGCAUUCUCUGGAGUUGAAGGAUCAACACUCCCUGUGUCUACAACAAGGAGAUACGUCUUCAUCAUACUGAACUUGGCCUUUUAAGGGAAAAAUGCUUUUCAUGAAAUUUGCAUAAUACCAUUGUUUUGCAGUGAUAAGGCAUUUGCAUGUUUCUGAGGGCUGAGUUAAGCUCUUUGGAGUGAAGACUAUCAGUGCCGCAGUGAUGGGUGCUAUCCCCGGGUCUGCAGUGGUCACAAAGUCUACCGUGUAGUUACUUUCAAGCCUCAUUCAGAUAAUCUUGCUAAGAGCUGGUCUGCACUCCCCACAGGUGUUUUACUGUCCUCUCUCAACACUGCUUUGAGCCGUGCUCUGUAAAGUGUAAGUUCUUUGUCCCAUCAGUUUACUAGCUGUCAUGUGGUUAUUGUCUGGGCAAGUCUUUUGAUUUUGUUUUCCUUACAAAGUAUGUCCAUGACUGUAUCAAUCUUCUGUAUUCAGAACAUUAUAAUGCUGCGGCCAUUUUUAUAGAACGACUGCAAGUUUGUGUCCUGGAAAUAUCUUCUACUCGUGUGUGUAUGUGAGCUCUGAGACCAGAUCUGUUCUGGAAGAGUCCUCAGGUAUGCCUGCACAUGACUGUCUGGGUAUCUGGGUAGACGCUAGGGAAUUGUGCUUUUAGAUGAGGCAGUUGGAAAACCUGAGCUCCCCUUGCUGUCCGUGUAUGUGCCACAUCUGGCCUCCACCACUGCGUUUCUUGUGGUUGUGCUGUUAAUGGUAAAGUCAAGUGCCUUCAAUGCUAAAGGCUCAGAAAUCUUUCUUAAACUGAUUUCAUGUCCUAUGCAAGUGUUUUUACAACCUGCAUAACCAGUACUUUGUAAAACUUGUUUACGCUUCAAUUGUACAUAGUGUUUUUUAAAGAAAUAUAUAGUAUUUUUAUUUAGGUACCUCCAAACUUGAAUCCGUCUGUGUGAAACACUGUAAACGACACGUUUCUCUUUUGCGUACCAUCACAGUUGUACAGAGGUUUUCACUGGUUCUAUUUUUCUACUGUUACUGAUACGCAUGUAACACUGACUUUAUCCUCCAUAUAGUUGGCAUUUCAAAUAAAUGGCUUGUAUAGAA